UGGAACUGCCGUACAAUUCGGGAAUUUGGAAUUUAAAGUCAACUAUGUAAUCUACUACUGACAUCGAGUCUAUGAAUUGUGACCUCUUCAUGCGAUUGUCUGUGAAAACGAUUGUCUGUAAAUAACCCGUAAAGUGGGGGCGUCUAUGUCCGGGACAACAGGCACAGUGCGGUGACGCUCUAGUAUAUAGGUUUUAACUAAGCUGACCCUAGCGUGAAAACCGGUUGGAUAGGUUUGCAAUGGAGGCGAUAACAGCUGUUGGCCUGCUCUUAGUCAUUAGUCUGGUUGUUAAAUACGCGUUGGAUAGAAGAUCUAGAAAAAAUCUUCCUCCAGGACCACCACGUAAAUUUCUUAUUGAUAAUUUGCUAGAUGUUAAUCCGGACAGACUUCAUAUUAGCUUCACAGAUAUCAGCAAGAAGUACGGCGACGUCUUCAGCAUUCGUACUGGUGGUAAGACUGUCGUUGUUGUCAACACCAUCGAUGCUUUUCGAGAACUGUUUGAAGAGGGAAAAUAUGGAGAUAAACUCGACGGACGGGAAAAGACCUUCGUGGCUCAGGUCCUUGCCGAAGACAAGGGUGUGCCACUGGCUUCCAAUACACCGGGGCGCAAACAACGGAGGACAGCGAUGUUUACCGCUUGUAAAAACUUCUCCCAUCUUCACGGGAGUAAGCUAGAGGAAGAGAUUAAGCAUUUGAUCGAGCUGGUGAGAAAGAAUGGCCCGGUAUCCCUGGAUAUGGACAAGGUCGUUCAGCAGUACGUCACCAACAUUAACUUAACCAUGCUGACAGGCGAGAGGUAUUCUUAUGAAGACGCCAGAUUACUAGCCGUGAUGGAGAGAGCGAACAUUGUGCAGAGUUUUAUUCGGGCUAAGACUAACUCAGUGAUGACUAUGUUCCCAUGGUUACGUUUCCUACCCUUUAUAUUCGGUCCACUGUAUCAGCGUUACCUUUACUUGACUAAGCUGCUGAAGGAAGCAAUAUUCGAUCCCGCCAAGGACUCGUAUCACCCAGACAUUGUGAGAGGCGGACUAGAUGAACUGUUAAAAGUUCAGAAAGAGGCUCUUGGUAACGUGGCAUUGGAGCUGACUGAUGAACACCUCAGCAUGACCGCUCUAGCUGUCGCAGGAGCGGGUACGGCUGUCCCGAUAGGAAACCUGUUAUACUUUAUUGUUGUGAUUCUGAAUAAACCGGAGAUUGCCGAGAAACUGCGACAGGAGAUGGAUUCCGUGAUUGGCAGAUCCCACUCACCGAAACUGGCCGACAGAUCGAGGUUGACGUACGCAGAAGCUGUGGUGUUGGAACUACUCCGAUGGGGCAGCCCCGCGCCAAUCCUCGUACCCAGGCGUGCUGAGGAAGACAUACAGUUUCGAGAAUACACCAUACCUAAGGACGCUACGGUUAUUACGAACGCAUGGAAAAUUCUUCACGACGAAGCCUUGUGGAAGAACCCGUGGGAGUUCCAGCCGGAAAGAUUCCUAGACCCGAAUGGAGGUUUGCUGACUGACCUGCAGAGGAAUGUAAUAGCCUUUGGCGGUGGAAGAAGAAAGUGCAUAGGUGUAGAUAUGGCCUUCGAUUUAACCUUUCUCUUUGUGACGUCAAUGGUGAAGCAUUUUGACUUCGAGGCGCCUUCGGGAAAAGUACCUAAAAUGGACCCUCAUUUUCACACAGCUGAUCGCGUGGGAAUAAAACCGGAACCUUUCACUGUGAUUGCUAAAUCUAGAAGAUCAGUGACAAAGAUGGACGCGUUUAUAGCUAUCGCCCUUUUGCUACUGGUUUUACUUGUGGUCAAGUUUUUUUUGGCUGGAAAAUCUCCCCGAAACUUACCACCUGGACCUCCUGCAAAAUUUCUCAUUGGAAAUCUUCUGGAUGUGAAGUCCUCGAAAGUUCAUGAGAGUUUUACAGACAUCAGCAGGGAGUAUGGCGACGUCUUUAGUGUGCAGACCGUGGGACCAGUCGUCGUUGUUGUUAACACCAUUGAGGCCUUCAGGGAGUUGUACGAAGAGAACAGAUAUGGGGAAAAGAUCGACGGGAGGCAGAAAUCUUUCGCAACUCAGUUUAUAGGAGGUAGUAACAAAGAUGUCGCACUGGCUCAGAAUUCUGCAGGUCGUAAAAAGCGACGCGCCGCUUUGUAUACUGCGACGAAAAUCCUCAUCGAAAACUAUCCACAUAAAUUGCAAGAGGAGGUAGGGCAUCUCCUGAAGUUGAUAGGCAGCUUGGAGGGAGAGGGGCCGCAAGAUCUGCUUCGACCAAUUCACUUGUAUCUUGUAAAUAUAAUGUUAAUAAUGCUGACAGGACAGCGCUAUGAGUACGACGACCCGAGGAUGUCAAUAAUUAUCGAAAGUGCCACACUUCAAUCUAGCCUCGUGCUCCCAAAGACAGACUCCAUUCUGACCCUGUUUCCCUUUUUACGCUUCCUCCCAUUUGGAUAUGGAAAGACGAUAAAUCGUUGUAAAUCCCUGUCGAAGAAGCUGAAGGAAAUAAUAUACGAUACGAUCAAGGUAUCGUAUAAUCCAGCUUAUCUGAGAGGUGGAAUUGAUGAGAUGAUAAAAGCCCAAAAGGAAUCUUUAGGAAACAUCGCUUUACAGUUAACGGACGAUCACCUGCAUUUCUCAGCUAUGUCCACAAUAUCUGCAGGAUCGGGUGUCAUUCAAGGCACUUGUCUUUACUUCAUUGUGGUUAUCCUGAACCAACCGGAGGUUUCCGAAAAUCUCCGGAAAGAAAUGGACUCCGUUCUCGGCAAAUUUCGGUCUCCCACUCUGGCCGACAGAUCAAAGAUGAUCUACGCUGAAGCGGUUGUGCUGGAGCUGUUGCGGUGGGCAUGCCCCACGCCUCUCCUGCUGCCACGAGCGGCCGAAGAGGAGGUCCAGUUUAGAGGAUAUACUAUUCCUAAAGAUGCUACGGUGAUAACAAAUGCGUGGAAAAUUCAGCAUGAUGAUUCAUUGUGGAGAGAUCCGUGGACAUUUCGCCCGCAAAGAUUUAUCGGCCCAACAGGAUAUAUCUUGAAUGAUCUCCGAAAAAAUAUUAUCGUGUUUGGCGGUGGACGAAGAAAUUGCUUUGGUGAAGGCCUAGCCUACGAUAUGUUAUUUCUGUUCGUCACGUCACUAGUGAGGAAGUUUGACUUUGAAGUCGCGAAAGGCGAAGCACCAACUCUGGACCCUCGCUCAAGUUCUCCAAACAGCGCCGGAAUCAAGCCGGAACCAUUUAAAGUGAUUGUUAAGUCCCGAUCAAAAUAAAAGCUUUAAGCGCUUUUGGCAGAGUUAUGGGAUCAAGAAAGACUGACGUAUGCAUUUAUACAAGGUUAAUUAUGUUAUCGCUUGUUUGCUUUUCUACACGCAUUAACCUCUCGCUAACCAUGUAUUCCUUAUUGUAACAAUGAAUCAACGUCAUCUCAGUGACGUAAGAAAAUUCAGAAUCGAUCAGUUUUCACACAUGAACAACAGUCCAUAAUACCAUUAUAUAGAUCUUCAUACAGACAUUGAUAUGCAGCUCAGGUAGCAUGUGUACAGAGUAUAAUGUGUCGAGUAGCUCUUGGUAGCCCAACUGAAGUUUUCUCAGUAGAAAUCUGUUUAUUCAUCAAUAUUUCAUAUAUUACCGAUUUACAAUGUAUCUUAUCGUACUUAUCUGCAUGCAGAUUGUUAAAUUGUAUAAAAUCUGCUGACUUCAAGUGUGUAUAAAUGCUAUAGGCUGGUUCCCAGCACAUAUAUAUUAUACAUACUGUGAUAUAGUUUAGCGCCACUGCAUAAAAAGUUGUUUUUUGCGAACUUCUACACAUCAGCAAGAGGUUCAAAGGUGGUUAAAGCGCGACUAAUGUUUUCUUUUUGAUGUACUGUUUUGUCGCAAAUUGUAGUCAAAGUGCGAUAAACUUCUGACUUCACCCGGCAUAUACCGAAGUCCGACAUGCAAGUAUGCCAGUACUUUGCUCUAAGAUCGGUUGGCCAUGUUUUCAUCUCAACUCUAAAUGUUGUAACUAGCAUGACAACCUGUGCAGGUGAUGGCAUUGUGUUGUGUACUUUUAUGUAAUAAUUGUACUGUUAUAAAGGGGCCUCCGUGGCCUAGUCGGUUAGUGCGCUAGCGCAGCGUAAUGACCCAGGAGCCUCUCACCAAUGCGGUCGCUGUGAGUUCAAGUCCAGCUUAUGCUGGCUUCCUCUCCGGCCGUAAGUGGGAAGGUCUGCCAGUCGUGGGUUUCCCCCGGGCUUUGCCCGGUUUCCACCCACCAUAAUGCUGGCCGCCGUCGUAUAAGUGAAAUAUUCUUGAGUACGGCGUAAAACACCAAUCAAAUAAAUAAAUACUGUUAUAAAUGUUGGAUUCUUGCAUUUUACAUGACCGUAGAUGAGAAAUAUUUUGUUGUACAUAUUUGCUGGAAUUGCUGCCGAAUUUGUUGUGAUUGGCAUUCUGUUAUUUAUCAUACAUGUUCUUGCGUAACUAAUAUAUCUGAAUGCAUUGUAUUAAUUAGUCAGUGAAUCACCGCUGGAAGACUCUCGGUCGUUUAUGUGUCGAUCAACUUGGCUUGGCCACACAAGUUUGUGUCACUAGGUGAUUAGCCUUGGACACCACCUGGUUCUAAUCCCUGGAACAGGUUUGGAGUUCCUUUUGCUUGUGGAUUAGGAACAGCCUUUAUAACC